GAGAGAUUCCAGCUGAUCUGGGAGGAACAUUAUGUUAUAAUAAUGAGCCAAGCAAGAUUGGGGCUGAAGGAGCAGAUGGAAAUCUCACAAGCCCUGAAAUGUCUCCAGCGGAACAGCCCUCACCGGCCAAUGGGAUUAAAGAGAGAAUUUCUUUGUGUAAAAAGAGAAACCAAUCAGAUUGCUGCAUUAAUCCACUUCCAGAAAAAAAACAGGGAACAGACACACCUACUCCUGUUGCAGGAUGCAGCCGAAAUGACAGCUCGUCUGACGAUUAUUUGUUAAUUGUUGUGAAAGAGGAACCGGAUUCAUCUGAAGAGGAAAACCAAUCAGAUUGCAGCAACAGUUCACUUACAGAACAGAUACAGGGAAGAGAUACACCUACUCCUAUCAUGGGUCGCAGCCUGAAUACCAGCUUAUCAGAUGAUGAUAUAUUAGAUGGUAUUGGAGAUGAUCCGGCUUCGCAUGAAGAGGAAAACAAUUCAGUUUCCAGUAGGAAUAAUCCAACGGAACAGACCCAGAGACCAAGUACAUCUGGCAGUGAUCAUAACGCAACUGAAACGGGCCACGCCUCACACCCAGCGGCCAUUAAGGGGAUGCAUAACUGUAAUGAGUGCCAUCAGAAUUUUAUGACUAAGGCCGGUCUUAUCAGGCACCAGAAAACUCACACAAGACCACAGCAGUAUAUGUGCCCUGUGUGCGACAGGGGGUUUCCGCGUCAGGCAGAACUUAUUGUCCAUCACCGAAGUCACACGGGGGAGAAACCGUUCUCCUGCCCAGAAUGUGGGAAAUGUUUUUCUCGCCUCUCUUACCUUAACAGACAUCAGGGAAUACACAGCGGAGAGAAACCGUUCACUUGCUCCGAGUGUGGCAAACAGUUCAGAUAUCUGUCGGAGCUUAGCGUCCAUUUUAGAUGCCACACAGAAGAGAGACCGUACUCUUGUUCUCAGUGUGGGAAACAGUUCAAACAUCAGUCAAACCUUAUUAUACACAACAGACUCCAUACGGGGGAGAGACCCUUCUCAUGCUCCGAGUGUGGGAAGGAUUUUAAGGAACGCAAAAGCCUUAACGUGCACAAGAGAAUACACACAGGGGAGAAACCAUAUACAUGUUCCCAUUGCGGCAAGAGUUUUGCCCACAGCUCCUAUUAUAAUAGACACCGCAGGCUCCACAAAGAAGAAAACCCCUUUUCCUGUUCUCACUGCGGGAAACGUUUCACGUCUCAGUCCCAGCUGCACGUACAUCGCAGGGUUCACACAGGAGAGAGGCCAUAUACCUGUGACGAGUGCGGGAAAUGUUUCAAACAUCACUCGCACCUCACUGUGCACAGCAGAAUACACUCAGGGGAGAAACCAUUCUCCUGCCUAGAAUGCGGCAAAAGUUUCAAAGACCGCUCGUAUCUGAAGGUGCAUUGCCGAACUCACACAGGGGAGAAGCCAUUUUCCUGCGCUGAAUGCGGGAAGAGUUUUACCAGCCCCUCGUGCCUAAAAGUCCACAAAAGGAUUCACACAGGGGAGAAACCCUUCAGCUGUUCUGAGUGUGAAAAAUGUUUCGUUUCAUACUCGGACCUUAAAUCUCAUGGCAGGGUUCACACGCAAGAGAAACCCUAUAUCUGCAUCGAAUGCGGGAAAAGCUUCAUGCGUCAUUCCCAGUUCGUCGCACACUCCCAGUCUCACGCGGGAGAGAAGCACCUUUCUGAUAACGAAUUCACAACAAUAAAUGAGUAACGUCGACUGGAUUACUGUCCGUUCAUCUUGAUAUUCAUACUUUGGGUUCAAUACACGGGAACCUCCUAACCAAGUUUUACUCUUUAGUAGGUAUAGUCACUGUUCCACUAACACUUGUUUAUCUGUGCCGUACGGCCAUACGUGCAUAUUCACUACUCACAUUAUUAGGCUGUUCAUUCCCCUCCCCCCAACAGUAUAAUUACACAGUAAAGUGAGCUAAAUAACUAUAAAAGACUUCUGCUUAACAGUAAACCCAAUACUGAAUCAAUAAUCCUGCAUUAGUUUGCCGGAAUCAGUACCUACAUCCUCAGCCGGACUUGUUAUCGUUGUACCAGGAUGGCGUGAUGUUUCCUACAGUUGAUUCUACGGCAUGACGUUAUUGCACGUUGUGGAUAUUUUCCUCCAUCUUGUCUCCUAUGUGAUUGAGAGAGCCUAAAGCAACGGCGCCUGUAGUGCCACCAAGACACAUGGUGUCCAGUUCAUCAAGGAAUCUUUAGAUAUUCUAUAUUUCAAAGAAAGUGAAAGGGGAAGAGCCGCCUACAGUUAUCGUACGGUUAAAUAUUCAAGAAAAUGGAGGCGUUAACAUAGAUACAAUUCAUAAUGAAGGAAAAAUACUGAUAGAAAUACUUCACUUAACGAGAGAGAGAAAGAUGGGAAGGGAAAACCGUUUAGUUACCACGUGUUCAUAUUAUAUGUUAUGUUAACAUAAUCAUCUAUGUACCCCCUUCCUUCUUUUUUUCUCUACCCCGCUUAUAAAUAUGUAAAAAUAAAUAAAAAAGUGUAAUGGUUUGUGGGACGCGG